AUGUCUCCGUCGCUGGCCAGGUCCGCUCCCAGCGAGCUCAACCAUUGGUGGAGCCAGCUGAGGUUUCGCCUCCAGAACAAGAAAGGAUGGAACGAGAUGCUGGACGAGACGUUUAUGCUCCACACCAAACAAACAAAUAAUAUUCCUCUCUUCUAUGCUGCUAAAAACAAUAGCGUGGGCUGCAUUAAGAAACUGCUGAGCUGUGCUUCCACUAAUAUCUUUGAGAGAGGUGCUCUGGGGGAGACGGCGCUCCACAUUGCCGUGAUGAAUGACAACCUGGAAGCUGCUGCGGCUCUGAUGGAUGGAGCUCCCGAACUCAUCAACGAACCCAUGACCUCUGAGCUUUUCCAAGGUAUGACUCCUCUCCACAUUGCUGUGGUGAAUCACAACAUCAACCUGGUCCGUGAUCUGAUCAUUCGAGGGGGUGAUGCGGCUACACCCAGAGUCACUGGCCUGUAUUUCAGGAAGAGGAUAGGGGGGCUGCUAUACUAUGGUGAGCACAUCCUGUCUUUCGCUGCCUGUGCUGGGAAUGAGGACAUUAUCUCCAUGGUAAUCGAUGCAGGAGCGAGCACCAGGGUUCAGGAUUAUCGCGGUAACACAGUCCUUCACAUUUUGGUUCUGCAGCCCAACAAGACAACUGCAUGCCAGGCCAUUGACCUAAUUUUGGCACGUGACGCAGAGUUGGAUCAGUCUGUGCCGCUAGACAUGGUGCCAAACUACCGAGGCCUCACGCCUUUUAAACUGGCAGCCAAGGAGGGCAACACUGUGGUAUUUCAGCACUUAGUGAACAAAAGGCGUGUGGUCCAGUGGAGUCUGGGCCCUUUGACCUCUAACCUUUAUGACCUGACAGAGAUCGACUCCUGGGCUGACAAACUCUCAGUGCUGGAGCUCAUCGUGGGCAGCCACCAGAGAGAGGCACGGAGGAUACUGGAGGUGACGCCUGUGAGGCAGCUGGUUAGUCUGAAGUGGAACCUCUAUGGAAAACACUACUUUAGGCUGCUGCUGCUGCUCUAUCUCCUGUACAUUGGCACUUUCACACUGUGUUGUUCAUAUCGCCCCCUGAAGGACGCUCCGGAGAACUACACAGACUCAGACAUGGACAAAACUAUCCGAGUCCAGAAGACACUCAAUGAGAGUUACGUGACAUAUGAGGACAACCUGCGGCUGGCAGGAGAGAUCAUCAGUGUGCUGGGUGCCUUUGCCAUCCUGUUGCUUGAGAUCCCUGAUAUACUGAGAGUGGGGGCAAAGCGCUACUUUGGCCAGACAGCUCUUGGAGGCCCCUUCCAUGUCAUCCUUAUCAGCUACGCGUGCUUGGUGGUGCUGCUGUGUGUGUUCAGAGUCAGCGGGCUGCAGGGCGAGGAGGUGCUGAUGGCUGUGUGUUUGGUGCUGGGCUGGAGCAAUGUCAUGUUCUUCGCCAGAGGUUUUCAAAUGCUCGGCCCUUACGUCAUCAUGAUACAGAAGAUUAUAUUUGGUGACCUGACAAAGUUCAUGUGGCUGAGUUUCAUUGUGCUUCUUGGGUUUUCCACCUCCCUGUGGAUGGUGUAUAUGACCCAGGACCCAGAGUCCAUGCCAUCGUAUCGCUCCUUCCCCAUCACCCUCUUCUCCCAGUUUGAGCUCAGUGUAGGCCUCAUAGACCUGCCUGUCGACCACACCAUCGCUACGCCCCCUAUUGUCCAUGUGCUGCACUGUACCUUCUCCGUGGUCUCCUACAUUCUCCUGCUCAAUCUGCUGAUAGCCAUGAUGAGCGACACACACUGGAGGGUGGCCCAGGAGAGAGACGAGCUCUGGAGGACUCAGGUGGUAGCCACAACCCUGAUGCUGGAGAGGAGGCUGCCCCGCUGCCUGUGGCCUCGGCUGGGAGUGUGUGGGGUCAUCUACGGCCUGAGGGAGCGCUGGUAUCUCCGAGUUGAAGACAGAAAUGACCCGAUGGUGCAAAAGAUGCGGCGCUACAUCCAGGCAUUCUCCAAAGACGAGGAAAAUAGGAAAGAAAAGGAGGCAUUUGACAACACUGACACUUUAAAGGGAUCAAUCCAGGGAUCCCCAAAGCUCAGACCGAAACACAGAGGCGGGUUUAACCUCAACAGGAAGUCACUGACGGGCUGGCAGAUGAUUCGACACAGUGCUCUAGGUUUGGACAUAGAGCAGGAAGACCCGGAGGAGGACCAAGACAUCCAAUAUGUCUAGAAGGAGACGCUGCACACUGGAAAUGUCUCAGUACUCUGAUGUGUUUUCUUGCUGAGACAUCCGCUUUAACUUCUGUCACCUUACUACUUAACACUGAACGUGUUCUCAGUAAACAUCCUAUGUUAAUGAGCUCCACUGAAGCACAUGCAAAACGAGAGCACCACCCAACUGACAAUCUCUUUAUGUAGUCAGCCGUGCAAUUAUUCAUGCAGUAUUAUGCUACAGAGAAGAGUGUAUUAUUUUUCUAGCAAUAUAAAAAAAAUAUGUAGCAGUAAUAUAUGCAUA